AUGACCAUGCCUCCAAACACGGCCAUGCAACUCAAAGACAAUGAGACACAAACAGAAAUCAAACCUGGCUGCUUCACUCGUUUGAAGAACAACAUAAUCGUCCAGUACAUCUCGAUCACAGUGGCGCUGUUUGUAAUCGUAUUAGACUGGAUAUUUGAUUGGUUGUUGUUUUACUCUGUCUAUAACAUCCAGAGCGGUCUGAUCUACGGUCCUGUCGAUGAGGGCAUAUGGAUUGCCUUACUUUUUUUUUGUUGUACCGGAACUGUGAUAGUUGCAGUGGAAAUCCUUAAUUUAUGUCGUGAACAUUUUUGGAACGCCCCGUUUGUUUCCGGUGACUUGAUUAACGUGAUCGCUCUCUGGUGCGAGGACCUGCCACAGAUAAUCCUGAAUACCAUGAUAGCUGCCUGCCACGAGGUACCCAUCAGUUUUGCUCAAACCGGUAAACUCUCAUUAGCGAUUUUAGGCUCAAUUCUACGACUUUUGAUAAUAGUUGUUCGUUACAUCGUUUACAAACACAGGGUCAAAAAGGGACUCAAAUCAAAGAAAACAAAGAAGGAGAAGCAUAAUACACAAGUUUUGGGAGGAUUCAUGAUAGCUGGAAUGAUAGCUACUGUCCUGUGCGCAUCCCUGACAUUUUUUUUCAACCAGUUAGGAUACAGUGGAGAGGGGGCUGGCCUGACCUUUCAGAUUCCCACAGGAAUUUUCGACGGGAAACUCAACACUGCUAAGUAUUUUGACAACGUUUCAAUUUUCCUUGACCAUCCCAACUUCUACAAGGACUGCAGGUCGGCCAAAGACGACUCACUACACACACAACUUGCAACCAUAAAGGAUCCUAUGAUUGCAUACUGGAGUUACAAUGUUGUACAAGUACAGUAUGGAUUUGCUAAAAUCAACAAUUCUGAACUUUUCUAUGUGAAAAAAUCCAGCCUUUCCCCGGACGUCAACAACGCUUUCAACUGCUACUCGGAGAACACCACAGACUGUGCCAUUAGUAUCACAGACUGCAACAACUUCAACAACAUAACAUUCGACAAAAUUGAUUACGAGUUCCGUUUCUACCCACCACAUAAAUUCCUCAUAUUUGGGGAACUGGUAUUCAGUGCGAGGUCUAUGAAUUCAGCGGGUAAUAUUACAUACAGUUACCAUGACGCCCAGAAGCAGGGCCUGGAAUCGGAUAUAUUUGGAACUUUACAAUAUUUCAAGCAGACUUUGUCUACUUUACCCUUGCUUCCAAAUCCCGGUCAAGGGUCAGGGAAUGUUACCUAUUUUGACAGUGAGAAGGAUCUGACUGCUGUUGAUGGGUUUUGGAAGACGGGGUUGAUGCAAUGUCCAGGGACUGGACACAUGGCGCCAAUCUUCUCAAAUAGCUUUACCAUGAACUAAACCAUUUCACUAAAGAUAAUUUUAGCGAUAAAUUUACAGGCUACGAUAAUGAUUGACUGCUUUUGUGGUCUAUGACGUCAUCAAGCAACACAUGCAGUUAAGCACUAGCCAAUGUACACCAUGCGAUAGCAAAACAAAAAUACAUUUUGAAAAUUACAUUCAGAUUAAAACUUGC